UAGUGGUAGUUUCGUUUGGAUCGGGUCCGGAAAGUUUGUUUUUAUUUUGUUUUGUUUACCUACCUAUUAUUUUAGUUGUUAUAUUUAAGUAGCAAAAUAACGUCACAACGGCGAUAAGACGCGACCUCUAACAUUGAUGUAACUGAUCAAUUUAUGAACACACCGGCCACUUGAUCUUAUUUAGUCUCAUUAUAGAACUGUUCCGUUCAUGUUCAUAUAGAGUCUAUAACCCUAAAGAUGUGUAUUAUAAGGUUCUUUUCAUCGGAGGCAUUUAGUGCACAUAAAACUAAGGAAAUUUUGGAGAAGUUGAAACUGGUUGAUGGCGAUGUUCGUCUGCUGACCACGGAGCUGUGUUACCAUGUGGAGUUGGCGGAGGGGUGUGAUUACCUCAACAUCAAUCAGAUAAAGAAGCUCCAGUGGUUGCUGAGCUCUCCUCUGCAGCCUCACGCGCUAAAGAACAACACUAUCUUCAAGGACAUCAAAGAUAAUGAGCUGGUCAUUGAAAUCGGGCCAAGAUUCAACUUCUCGACAGCCGACUCGAGUAACUCUGUGCAAAUAUGCGAGAGCGUCGGCCUCGACGCCAUCAUUCGACUGGAGGUGUCCACUCGGUACCUGAUCACGUUCGCGAAGGCCAAGACUGUCUCCCAGAAGCAGUUCGAUGACCUCGCGGCGCCUCUGCACGACAGGAUGACUCAGUGCAUUUACACGCCAGAGAACAUCCCGCGCUCCAGUUUCAAUGAAGGCUUGCCGAAAGAUCUGGAGCCGUGGUUUGUGGUGCCGCUACUGGCUGAAGGCAGGCCGGCUAUGGAGAAGGUCAACCAGAAACUUGGUCUGGCCUUCGACGACUGGGACAUGGACUUCUACAUGAACCUGUUUGUGAACAAGCUGAAGAGAGACCCCACCAGUGUGGAGUUGUUCGAUCUGGCCCAGAGCAACAGCGAGCACUCACGCCAUUGGUUCUUCAAGGGGAAGAUAAUUUUGGAUGGACAAGAAAUCGAAGAAUCUCUGAUCGACAUGGUCGCCGCUACCCAGGAGACCUCCAACGACAACAACGUUAUUAAGUUUGGAGAUAACAGCAGCGCCAUAAAAGGGUUCAAACACACUAAACUACGGCCUCAAAGCGUCACCGCACCAUCCCAAGUGAUCCCCACAGUGGAAGAGUCAGACAUCAUCUUCACAGCAGAGACGCACAAUAUGCCGACAGCUGUGGCCCCAUUCAGUGGCGCUACUACUGGCACUGGAGGGAGAAUCAGGGACGUGCAAGGGGUGGGGAGGGGAGGGCAUACGGUCGCAGGGACUGCAGGGUACAGUGUCGGCAAUUUGCAUAUACCUGGUUACGAGAUGCCAUGGGAAGACAAGACGUGGGAGUACCCCAGCAACUUCGCAUCUCCAUUGCAAAUCAUCAUCGAAGCCAGUAAUGGAGCUUCCGACUACGGAAACAAAUUUGGAGAACCAGUGGUUUCAGGCUUCGUGCAAUCGUACGGGCUGAAGAACGGCGACAGCGUGCGCGAGGAGUUCGUGAAGCCGAUCAUGUUCAGCGCCGGCAUCGGAUACAUGCCGCACAGCAUGAUCAAGAAGAACAAGCCGGAGAAGGGCAUGCAGUUAGUAAAAAUCGGUGGUCCAGUGUACCGCAUCGGCGUGGGCGGCGGCGCGGCGUCCUCCGUCGCGGUGCAGGGCGGCGGCGCGCGCGACCACAAGCUCGACUUCGGCGCCGUGCAGCGAGGUGACGCUGAAAUGGGUAACCGUCUCAACAGAGUGGUGCGAGCGUGCUUGGAGGCUGACGUCAAUCCCGUUGAAUCGAUCCACGACCAAGGCGCCGGCGGCAACGGCAACGUGCUCAAAGAACUCGUCGAACCAGAGGGCGCCGUGGUCUUCACGUCCGAGUUCCAACUAGGAGACCCCACCAUCACGACCCUGGAGCUGUGGGGCGCCGAGUACCAGGAGAACGACGCGCUGCUGUGCACCGAGCAGCACAAGCAGCUGCUGCGAGAUAUCUGCCGUCGUGAGCGCUGUCCCGUAUCAUUCGUGGGCGAAGUGACGGGCGACGGCUACAUGAGUCUGGUGGAAGAUGCGACCAACAAAAAGUUGCUCGACAGACAGGCCAGGUUGAAGCCAGAGGUCAAGGCCAAGCUGCCGUAUGACUUGCAUUUGGAGGCUGUUUUAGGUAACAUGCCACGCAAAACCUUCGACCUGAAGCAAGAAAAGAGAACGAAACUGCCACUUCAGCUGCCUAAAGAUGUCACCGUGAAGAGUGCUCUAGACCGAGUCCUGCGAUUGGUCAAUGUGGCCAGCAAAAGAUACCUGACCAAUAAGGUGGACCGUUGCGUGACAGGUCUAGUGGCCCAACAGCAGUGCGUGGGUCCCCUACACACGCCGCUAGCAGACUUUGCGAUCAUCGCCCUGUCGUACAACGAGCUGGUCGGAUCGGCCACGUCCAUUGGGACUCAGAACAUCAAGGGGUUGUUGAACCCGGCGGCCGGAGCGAGGAUGUCGCUUGGAGAGGCGUUGACCAACUUGGUAUUCGCCGGCAUCUCCUCCCUAGAAGACGUGAAGUGUUCCGGCAACUGGAUGUGGGCCGGCAAGACGGGGGCCGACGGCGCGUCGCUAGUGGUCGCGUGCAGAGCCGUGUGCCAGGCCAUGGCGGAGAUAGGAGUAGCUAUUGAUGGCGGCAAGGACUCGCUGUCUAUGUGCGCGCAGGUCUCUGGGAAGAAAGUGAAAUCCCCCGGCACACUCGUAGUGUCGACCUACGCGCCCUGCCCCGACAUCACGGUGAAGGUGGACCCGGCGCUCAAGAAGGAGGGGUCUGCUCUCGUCUGGGUGCCCGUCACUCCUGGCAAAUACAGACUGGGUGGUUCAGCGCUCGCCCAAGUGUACAAGCAGCUGGGAGACAGCCCCCCGGACCUCGACAACGCAGCCACACUGAAGUCACUCUUCAAGCUCACACAGAAACUACUCAAAGAAAAGAAGCUGCUAUCCGGUCACGACGUAAGCGAGGGUGGUUUCCUGACGACAGUCCUAGAAAUGGGCAUCGGCGGUCUCCGCGGCCUCAACAUCGACGUACCAGUUGAAAAGGGCGUAUCUGCCAUCGAAGCGUUGUUCAGCGAAGAGUUGGGAGUCGUUGUAGAAGUGGCGAAGAGUGACGCUGAUUACGUCAUCAGUGAAUACAAGAAGGGCGGUGUGGCUGCGAAGGUUAUUGGUGUGACUGGCGGAUAUGGCAUGAAGUCGCAGGUGAGCGUGAAAGUGAACGGCGCUAAAGUUCUGGACACCACAUUGAUCGAUGUGUUCAGGAUGUGGGAGGAGACCAGCUACCAGCUCGAGUGUCUGCAGGCCAACUCCGACUGCGCCAAACAGGAAUGGAAAGGUCUUGAGAACCGCAAGGGUGUGACUUACAACGUGCCGUUCGACCCCUCGGCGCCCGUCGUCAAGACCAAGGCCGUCAAAGUCGCCGUCCUACGUGAAGAAGGUACAAACGGCGACCGGGAGAUGAUCGCGUCCCUGCUUAUGGCCAACUUCGAGGUGUAUGACGUCACGAUGAGCGACCUCCAAGCGAAGCGAAUCACGCUGGACGCUUUCCAGGGACUCGUGUUCCCCGGCGGGUUCAGUUAUGCUGACACGCUCGGCUCAGCGAAGGGCUGGGCGGCCAGCAUUCUCUUCUCAGAAUCUCUGACGUCACAGUUCGAACACUUCAAGCAACGGAAGGACACAUUCUCUCUGGGAGUGUGCAAUGGAUGCCAGCUGAUGGCACUACUCGGAUGGCUGGACACAGAUGGCAGCACUGGUGAUGUGGACAAGAGACAGAUCUUUUUGGACCAUAAUUUGAGUGAAAGAUUCGAAUGCCGCUGGAGCGCUGUAAAAAUCAACCCUAAAUCCCCGAGCAUAUGGCUCUCGGGAAUGGCCGGUACAGUGACGGGCGUGUGGACCGCCCACGGCGAGGGAAGGUUCUCGUUCGCUCAGCCGCAAGUGUUGGACAAAGUGGCGGGAGGCGGUCAGAUCGCGCUGCAGUAUGUGGACGACGAUAGCAACCCUACCGAGUUGUACCCGUGCAACCCUAACGGCAGCCCAUUGGGCAUCGCCGGGCUAACAUCCCCGGACGGGCGCCACCUCGCCAUGAUGCCGCACCCGGAGCGUUGCGUGCUCCGCUGGCAGUGCCCCUCUGACGUCACGCCGCACGCCAGCCCAGACAAGCAAGCGUCGCCGUGGCUGCGGCUGUUCCAGAACGCUUACUCGUGGGCUUCCAAGCAGUAGGAUUGUAGUUUAGAUGCUGUAAAAGCGCAGGCUACGCUGCCAGAUAUUGUGCAGUGCAGUGUAGUAGCUAUGAUGUUAGCAGUGUGGCCGUUGUUUUAAUGAGAUCGGUAUAUUUUGGUACAGUUUUUUUUAUGUUUUUAUGAAGGUGUUGUUCAUCUUUUGUGAUACUGAUAAUGAAUUUUGUCUCGGAUAUUGGUGCCAUUUAUAAGUGCAAGUAUAAUUUGCAAUUGCAAUAUAAAAUAUUGCUAGAUAAAUAUAAUGAAGAUUAAGUAACCAAUCUAUCAUUGUUAAGUACAAAACGUUUACUACUUUUAUUUACUAUGUAUAAUCAUGUUGUCUUACAUUCCUAAAAACAUUCCUUGCAAUAGCAUGUUUGUUUGAUGAUUUAAUGAUAUAAUUAUGUAUACAUAUAAGGUAUACAAAGACAAUACAUUCAACAAACCUACUUAUUAGUUAUUUUGUAUAAAAUAAUCAUGAUCUUACAUAAAAUGAUUACACACUAACAUUUGAUCCUGUGGUGGUGGGCUUUAUCUGGAUCAAACAAAUCUCAAAAUAAAACCACUGAAGUUGUAACUAAAAGUUUAUUAUAGAUAUUCUAAAACAAUAACUUUAUAAUAAUUAUUCUAUAAGAAACUUAUUUUAUAGCCUGAUUUAUGUGCCUUUCUAGCCUAUAAGGUGUAAAAUGCAAAAAGCAUAUAUUGUUAAAAAUAAAUAUUUUCAUUUUUAA